UUGCCUUGCACUUUGCACUGUUAGCUAUUACAAUAAAGGUUGUUUUAGCAUUCAACCUGCCUCACCUCAGUUCCUGCCUGCCUAGUUCUCCAUACAGAGCAUGCACGCUCCCAGUUCUGAACCGGUAGCAAAGCACUGAAGCAACGACUAUUAUGGUUGAGCAUGGUACAGCCCUUCCUAAUGGUACAGUCAGCUGGAAUGCAACACAAUCCACAUCUUGCCCUUGGCCAGAAGACUGGACAUGGUUGUUACGUAUCCAGCCUGCCUUUCUCUGGUUUCUUACUAUAGUGGGAAUGCUGGGGAAUUUAUUUGUUCUCAGUAUCUGGUGCUUCCAUAAGAGCCGCUCCACUGUGGCUGAAAUUUACCUGGCAAAUUUAGCAGCAGCGGACCUUCUGUUACUCUGUGGGUUGCCUUUCUGGGCUAUCUACACAGCCAACGACUUCCAUUGGCCAUUUGGGCCCAUCCUUUGCAAAAUCAUCAACUCAUUCCUUGUUAUCAACUUAUAUUCCAGCAUUUAUUUUGUGGUCAUGGUGAGCAUUGAUCGCUACUUGGUCUUGGUGAAAACAAUGUCUCUGGGACGCAUGCGCCAGUCAAAGUGUGCCAAAUGGAACUGCUUUGUGAUUUGGGUUUCUGCCAUUUUCCUUUGCUUUCCUACUCUGGCAUUCAGGCAAUUAAAGGGUGUGAAUGGAUAUGAGGGUGUGGCCUGUGUUUUGGGAUAUCCUCCUGAUUUUCCGUGGACAAUUUUCACGGCCAUUUUGCUGAACACAGUGGGCUUUCUGAUACCAGUCUGUAUCAUUACCUACUGUUCUGUUCAAAUCAUCCAAGUUUUACAAAACCGUGACAUUCAAAAGAUCAAAACCAUUCAGACUGAGAAAAAAGCCACUGUACUGGUUCUUGCAGUCCUUCUUCUGUUUAUCAUCUGUUGGCUUCCAUUCCAGGUCACCACAUUCAUAGAUAUGUUAUUUCAAAUAGGUAUCAUUGUUGGUUGUGAUGUAGAUCAAGGCAUAGUUGUGGCUAGCCAGAUUGCUACUUAUUGCGGUUUCAUAAAUAGUUGUCUUAAUCCAAUAGUCUACGUCAUUAUAGGUAAACAUUUCCGAAGGAAAUGCAAGGAAGUCUACUUUGGCAGAGUUCUUCGAAGACCUAGCUCAGCACCAUCAAUGACAACCAUGGAAAUUCUCCAUACUUCCUUUUCAGUAAAUAAUGAAAGGAAAACAUCUGCAAAGAAUAAUUUGCUUAUUUCAUGAAAAAAAGAUAAGAGAUUAAGUAAAAUUAUGGUUUUAUGUGGAACCUCAUCUUCAGUGAUAUAGACUAAUUUAUUACUAAUUAAAGUUUGUGGAAGCUGACAUUGGUUUGCAUAGGACAACAGCUCCAGUCAAUGAAUGGGGCUCAGUUAGUAUGCUUGUACAUAUUUGCCUGUAUAUAUGUAUAUGUGUAUAUCAAAUAUCUGCAUCAGAUAUUGGAUUCUGAAGAUCCUUUUCAAAAACCAAAAUCUUUCUGCGAAGAAAAAUCAUGUAUGUCUUCUAUGGUAUUUUGAAUUCAAAAAUGCUCAAAUACUUGAGAAAUCUUUGCUCUGGUACUCUUGCUCUUCUGCCAUAGGAAGAAGAGCCAUUGUAGAGCCUCUUUUUGGCUUGAACAUGAGAAUUAGCCCAAAUCCUAUCCAGAUUGCCCAAUGAAUAUACAAAAAGAAGAAGAUGACUGCUCCUGCUGUGACUUCCAUUCCAAAAGCUCCAAGUUACAACACAUUUUGUGUCAGCUCCAAGCAUUUAUGUUCCUGCCAGAUAAGGGUAAUCAGUUGUGCAACUGUUUACCCAUAAGGCCUUUUAACAAAGUCUGGUAUUCAGGAAGCAGCCCUGCUUGCCAUGAUGAAUACUUCAGACUCAUAGACGUUCAGUUCAUAUUCACCAUGUUUGUGAGCUAAAGGUAUAUAUGUAAUACUUAAUGUAUGACCAUGACUGACUCCCAAAUUUGUUAGCAUAUUCAUGACUGGGAAAGACAUGAUAACAAGGUCAGCCAAUGAGAGCUGAAACAGCUAGGGGCCAGUGUGUGUUUUAGUCUGCAACCUUCUGGGUCUGUGCAAAGA